AUGCAAACAUCACCGAGUGCCUUGCCCUCUUCAUCAUCACGAACAACCUCUUCGUUAUUAAAUUCUCGUGAUUAUAAAUUUCCAAAACAUGCUCACCUUCUUCUUGUUUGCGCUCUAUUCAUCAUUUUGAUUUGUAUUGUGUACAUGAUUGCUCAAUGGCUCAUUGCUGUCAAUACAGCAGCAACAUCUGCAGGUUCACAUGUGCUGCCGAACAGUGGUGAUGAUUCCUCUCACAAUAUUUUGGUCAAUCAUGAACACUUUAGACAAUCCAUAAUUUCUGGAAACAACAAUCCAACCACUCCUCCCACCACUAUUACAUCAUCACACUGA